UUCCAAACUUUGGAGGGAAACCACCAAAAUCUCCCAAACCCCACGAUCAACCAACAAAAAUUUCUCCCCCAAAAUGAGGCGCCGAAACCUAAUCAUCACCUCCGACUCCGACUCCGACGACGGCGGCGGCGGCGGCGGCGCGGCCACCGCCUCCACCCCCGCGUCCGCCUCGGCGUCCGCCUCCUUCCCGAGCGUAAGCGGCGGCGGCUGCGGCGAUGGCUGGCCCUCGCCGCAAAACCCUAGGUCAGUCCCCGUUCAGUUCCCCUCCCCGUCCUCGCCUCCCCCUUCCCCUCCCAUAGAGAUUUCCGAUGAGGAGGAGGCGGAGGCGGAGGUGGUGGUGGAGGAGGAGGAGGUGGUGGUGGUGGAGGACGAGGAGGAGGAGUAUGAGGAGGUGGAGGAGAUCGAGGACCCCGAUGGGGACUCCCCCUUCGUCGACGCCCCCGAGCACAUCUCCCCUCCGCCGCCCCCUCCGCCUCCGGCGCGAACGCCGAUGCCGACGCCGACGCCGACCCCGACCCCGACCCCGACCCGACCCCCCGUUCCCGUGUGGGCUGCCCCUCUUCCGGCCCGAACCCCAACUCCUACUCCAUCUGCGCCGCCCCGAGCCGCGGCGCCAUCCCCUGCGGGAACCCCGUCGCCGUCCCCGAUUCCGCCGUCGAGCACCCCGGUGUCUGCGCUGAGCGGGCCGCUGCGGCAGGUGGACGAGUUCCUGAGGGGGCUCGGGCUGCGGCUGCGCCCGGAGUGGCUCGAGUCCUGCGCCGCCGGGGUACCCGGGUUCUACGGCCUCGGCGGCGUGGAGGCGAUGGCCAGGCGGUGCUUCGAGCAGUUCCUCUUCGCCGACAUGAACGCGUGCGGCGCGGGCGUGCUCCCGGAGGGCGUUGGGAGCAUGCACAACGCCGUCCUCGAUGGCCCCCUCGUGCUGCAGGUUGAUGAGAUUGUCAACCUGUCAGCUCCUUUAAGGGAAAGAUAUCGUGAUGCACAUGCGGGGCCCAAAAGAUGUUUAAAGUUAUCAAUGACAGAUGGGAUCCAACGCAUAUAUGGAAUGGAAUACAGGCCGAUCAAAGACCUGGAAGUUCUUGCCCCUGCUGGUUUUAAGAUUGUUAUAAGAAAUGUGCACAUAAGGAGAGGCCUUUUUAUGCUGGUGCCCGAGGUCAUUGAGAUUCUUGGGGGUGUUGAUGAUGAACUGGAUGAAGCACGUAAUAGGCUUGUUUCUGAAGUAAACAAACCGCCACGUGGCAAAAGGAAACAAGGUGGAUUACCAUUGUCUUCGAGAGCCACUCUAGCAGCCUGGCCAACAAAUGCCAAUGCUACAAAUGAUGCCGAGCAAGGAGCCUCAGUGCCAAGAACAGUGAAUACCCCUCAUCCAACCAGAUUAGGUAAUGCUUCCCAUGCUUCUCAGGUUGGUAGAACUACACAACCUAUGGUGGACAAUCUUAUCCCUCAUGUUGUAGUAAGCAAUGCCCAAGAGCAAAGCCGACAUAUCCAAGAAAUCACCAUGCAGGGCCAACCUACUUCUCUUAAUAGGCACAAUAAAGAAGCUUCUGCAUCAUAUAGAUAUAAUGCCCAAUGCAGCAUUAGUGGAACUACACGAGCUAUGGCAGACGAACAUGUUUUAGUAAGCAAUGCCCAAGAGCAAAGCCCGCAUAUCCAGGAAAUCACCAUGCAGGACCAAUCUACUUCUCUUAAUGGGCGCAAUAAAGAAGCUUCUGCAUCUACUUCUUAUAGAUAUAAUGCCCAAUGCAGCAUUAGUGGAACUACACGAGCUAUGGCAGAUGAACGUGUUGACCCUUCCUUUGUUGGUAAUAACGUACAUGAACAAAUGCAACGUGUUCAAGGUAUCACCAUGCAGGACCACAUUAGUGCUUCUAGUGAGAGCAAAAGGGAACUUUCUGUGACUACCCCUUCUGGAUAUGAUUCCCGACUUGCGCCACAUGGUGUUGGCAAUACUGGCACAAGAAGUGGGGAAGCCACACGAUCUUCAAAUGUGGAUGAUGGGAUCAAUAACAUUGGGCAUCCGAUCAGUCUAUGUGGCGAAAAUGAAAAGCCUUUUACUUACAUAUUCAACAUGUUAGCUGAUUGGGGUGUUCAACAGGAUACAGUACCUUAUAUUCAAGGAAAAAUUAAGGGUUUGAUCACUUCUGUCAAACGGUUUCAAUACAAGCAAUCCAUGCAAUACGAUCUUUAUGUCUACAUAGAUGAUGGUAGUUUUAUUACAGAGGCCUUUGUUGACCGUGAUAUUGUACAGAACAUGAUUGGCCUUUCCGCUGAGGAGCUUGCAGCUGCUCUUUCUUCUGGUGGCCCAGCACAAGCCAAUAUAAGAAAAACUAUGAAAGCAUUUGAGCAUUUCCUGGUGAACUUUGAGGGCACAAUCCUUAUUGAGCUCAACAGAGAUUCUUCUGUUCCUAUUGUACGUGAGAUGAAUAAAGGUUGUUCAAGUUCGGAUGCGUGGCAGCUGCUUCGGAGGGUGAAAACAUUUUCUGGUCAGGGCUACAUGCGGAGCCUGGAUUUUAUGGACACCACUCCAUGAAUAUAUUCAGCUUCUCCGAGGCGCUAUGCAAAAGAUAAGGCCAGUCAUACGAUUGUGGCCUUAAUAUGCCAAAUUUGCCAAGACAAGGUGCGUUUCAUAGGUACUCUGCUCCCGCAUUCAGCGGCCCUGUUCGUCAGCUCCUUGUCAGCAGCAGUUGCAGUGGGAUGCACUACGAAACCAAUGGUUGGCAGCCUGGCUUUUUGGAAGGAUGGAUGGCUGACUAGAGUAGUUAGGAAGAUGACCUGUGUGUUUACUAAUUAGUACACACUGUCCAUCACAACCUUUUGCCCAGCUAGCAGAAUUUUCAUGUUACACAGAAGCAUCAAUGCUUGGGAUAUCGCAUCUGUUUGACUGAAGUAAAUUAUGCACACGCAGUUUAACAUAAAGCAUGUUUGAAACACGUACAUAAACAACAUCUACCAGUCACUAGUACAACAAGAUCAGCAAGGAACCCGUCUUAUCAAUUAUCACGCCUGCAAGGCUGCCGUUGAGACACGAUCAAUUAAAGGACGGACGACGAUGCACGCUGCAAAUCCGGCUAAAGGCCUAGCCAAGCAGCCCAUCUACAUGAGAAUUGGAGGAUUUGAGUGGCAAUACGUGUGUGUUUCAACCCUAUGAUCCCGUGUUGAAUCCCCAGGACAAUCACAAUCUCUUAAAAAUGUUUGGUCUUUCCCUCCUAAUUUUUUUUUCUUUAGAAUUGUAGGACUUGGUGGAGCGCGUGGUGAGGAGAUAAGUUUGUCUCUCUCUCUCGAUCUGAUCGUUCCCCUCUCUCUUGCGCGUCUCUCUCUCAUCAUGCCUCUCUCGUGAAGCGGUGGUAGCAACGGCGGUCUAGCGGCAAUGGCGGUCUCCCACGGGCGGCUGCGGCACCCUCCCCUUCGCCAGAUCCAAGGGGAGGCGACGGCGGUGGGCUUCCCACCGCUAGAUCCGGCGGCCUCUCCGUCCGCCUCCCCUCGCCUGCCAUGGCCUCUCCUCUCUAUUCGGCGGCAACGGCGGUCUCCCACGGGCGGCUGCGGCACCCUCCCCUUCGCCAGAUCCAAGGGGAGGCGACGGCGGUAGGCUUCCCACCGCUAGAUCCGGCGGCCUCUCCGUCCGCCUCCCCUCGCCUGCCAUGGCCUCUCCUCUCUAUUCGGCGAGCAGUGGUGGCCGACAUGUCCUACUGCUUCUGUCUCUGAUCUAGAAGAAGCUUUUGUCCGAUGGAUCUAGCCGACGGCCACCCGACUACAUGAUUUGUUGGUGAUUUUUAUGAUGUUUUAUUCAAUGAUGUGAAUAUUUGAUGAACAUUUGCUCCAUAAACUUCUUGUUGAUUAUC